UCAUCAUCUUCUCUGACCAGAAACGACGCAUUUUCUCUCUCAUCAUCUCAAGCGAAGCGCCACAUCAAAACCAGAGAAAGAACGGGCUAAAAAAAAAAAAAAAAUGGAGGAGAAAAGCAAAAGCUGAAGAAGUUAGGAGCACAAAUAGUACUCGCAAUCAGCAACAAUACCUUUAGUUUGCAGUCUCUUUUUGCAGAGCUGCUGCUCUCUGAAGAUACAGAGAGAGACACCUUCUGCUGCUCUCUGUGUAGAGAGAGAGAGAGAGAAAAAGAUCGAUUCAAAGCUCUGCACACCAGAACCCUAGAACAGAAGCACGAGGAAGAACCCAGUUGCCGAAACCGAAAUUCGCUGCAAUUUGUUGCUCCCCGGGACAAGCCCUAGAUCCAGAUUCAUCAGCGCGGAGUUCUCAUUUGUUGUUUUGCUGCAAGAGUUCCAUGUAAGGACAUACAUUAACCAGAAAUGGAGAUGAUUCCUGAAACAAAGGCGCUUUCUGGGAAGCUGCCUCAUUUCCGUCAGACAUCAGCUUCCUGCAUAAUUUCUGUAAGAGAUGAUGUGGGUCAAUCAGAUGAACGGGACUCUGAAGAUGGGGAAUCUCCUCAACCUGUAAGAACGUGGAAAGGAAAGAACUCUUUGCAGGAUAAAGAGGAACUCAUGCCUGAUGUUGUUGCAUUUAAGGGCAGUGGUGACUCAUCUGAGGAAGGUGGCCCUAGUUCUUUUUCUGGGGCUAGUCACCCUCCAGAACCUGUAGAUACUGAUCUAAUGAGACCAGUCUAUGUACCAAUUGGUCAAAGCAAAUCAGAGGGUAAAUGCUUGGUGAAGAACUUGUCUAUGAAGGGUCCAUUUCUUGAAGAUCUUUCAAUUCGGGUUCCUGGCAUCAGAAAACCAAGCCCAUCUGGUCUUUCACCAGUGGAGAGCUUGGUUGAAGAACCGAGUGACUUGGGUGCAGUUUCUUCGCCAUUUUCAGUUCCUCGGCCUUCACAAAACACAGGGAGCACACUUUUUCCCCCAGAUUCUGAUGAAAAGGAGUGUAUUUGGGAUGUUUCUUUGCCACCAAGCGGCAAUGUUAGUCCACACAGUAGCAUUGAUAGUAUUGGAGUGGUCAGAGCUAUGAGCAUUGUCAAUAGCUGCACUAGUACAUAUCGGAGUGAUGGGACAUAUCGGAGCGAUGUCAUUAUGAGUGAUGGCAUGCUUAGCAUUGACAGGAAUUGUGAGAGUAUGAAAGGGAGCGUACGAGGAGAUUCAUUGGAAAGUGCAAAAACUAGCCUUAGUCGUGCAAGCGAUAGCAGUGGCCUCAGUGAUGAUAGUAAUUGGAGUAACCUUACUGGGAGUGCUAAUAAGCCUCAUAAGGGAAAUGAUCCUAGAUGGAAAGCUAUUCUAGCCAUUCGAGCACGGGAUGGAAUAUUGGGCAUGAGUCAUUUUCGAUUACUCAAACGGCUUGGUUGUGGUGACAUUGGCAGUGUUUAUCUCUCUGAGUUGAGUGGAACCCGGUGUUAUUUUGCAAUGAAAGUGAUGGACAAGGCAUCCCUUGCAAGCCGGAAGAAGUUGACAAGAGCUCAGACAGAAAGGGAGAUUUUGCAGUUGCUGGACCAUCCAUUUUUGCCAACAUUGUAUACUCAUUUUGAGACAGACAGAUUCUCAUGUUUGGUCAUGGAAUAUUGUCCUGGGGGUGAUCUGCACUCUCUGAGACAACGGCAACCUGGAAAGCACUUUUCUGAGUAUGCAGCAAGGUUCUAUGCUGCAGAAGUUCUUCUGGCGCUCGAGUAUCUGCACAUGUUGGGAGUUGUUUACAGGGACCUGAAACCAGAAAAUGUUCUGGUACGUGAUGACGGUCACAUAAUGCUCUCAGAUUUUGACCUUUCUUUAAGAUGCGCUGUUUGCCCUACCCUCAUCAAAACUUCAUUUGAUUCUGACCCAUCUAAUCGUGGGAACGGAGCUGCAUUCUGUGUCCAGCCUGCCUGCAUUGAACCCUCAUCCGUAUGCAUCCAGCCUGGAUGUUUAAUUCCCCGACUCUUUCCCCAGAAGAACAAGAAAAAAACCCGAAAACCCCGAGUUGAGCCUGGGUUGCCUUCAAAUACUCUUCCAGAGCUUGUUGCCGAGCCAACUGCAGCACGGUCCAUGUCCUUUGUCGGGACCCAUGAGUAUUUGGCACCUGAAAUUAUCAAGGGAGAAGGCCAUGGCAGCGCAGUCGAUUGGUGGACAUUCGGCAUUUUCUUACACGAACUACUUUUUGGUAAAACACCAUUUAAGGGUUCAGGAAACCGUGCUACCCUGUUCAAUGUGGUGGGACAGCAACUCAAAUUUCCAGAUUCGCCGGCAACCAGUUAUCACAGCAGGGACCUAAUCCGGGGCUUGCUCGUGAAGGAGCCACAGCACCGGCUUGGAGUGAAGAGGGGAGCAACCGAGAUCAAGCAGCACCCUUUCUUUGAAGGUGUAAAUUGGGCUCUGAUAAGGUGCAGCACGCCGCCAGAGAUACCGCGACCAGUUGAGUACGAGCUGCCUGGCAAGUUCGGGGCCGUAGACGCGCUCGGGGUCGGUGGCAGCAGCAGUAAAAGGAUGGUAGGAACAGACAUGAAGUCAGGGGGUAAAUAUCUGGACUUUGAGUUCUUCUAAUUUUAGGGUGAUAAUAAUAGCAAUGUUCCGUGCUGUGGUGUAGUUAUGUCUGUCAGUUAGGGGAUCUGCCCAGAGGAGAGGACUCCUUUUCUGCAUUGCCAUACAUGUUUGCUAGUGGCAUUUUACCCCAGUUAUAAAGCAAGCAAAAUCUUUGCCUUCAAACUUAAAUGAAACUUCUCAUUCUUUGAGAUGGG